CAGCGCACAACUUUCUCGCGCAAGCGUAACUCCAAACUCACUGCUCACGGUGUCCGCGCAGGAAUGUGGUGUUGAAAACUCUUGUGUAACGAACGCCUGCUGUUUCACCUUCAAUUUAGUAACUUGUACGUUACAUUGUUUGCCUGAAACAAUUUUUUUUUGGAGAUACUGGAAAACGGAACAACUGUAUGUAAGUCGGCUCCGUAUGUACUGUUGACAGCUGUGCGUAAAGUGACAGAAAGAGCGAGAAUCAUGAUGAAGAUCAGUCCUCAUUCACUCUUCCUCUUCGGUCCUUAAGAGACAGUCUGGAAUCAAAGCUUUGACGUCUCAGACAUCACAACGGCCAUAGAACAGAUAAAGGGGAGGAAGUUGAGCUCUUCCUCUGUGCAAGCUUCAUCAUCAUCCUCUCCAUCUGCAAUGGAGGUUGCCCUGGCUCAUCCUGCCCUGAAGGCCUUCAUGUGCGGCUCUCUCAGCGGCACCUGCUCCACUCUGCUGUUCCAGCCGUUGGAUCUGGUGAAGACCAGACUGCAGACCCUGCAGAACAACAUGCACCCAGGUGCUCCUAAAGUGGGGAUGAUUACAGUCUUUUUCAACGUGAUCCGCACAGAGAAGCUGCUUGGCCUGUGGAAGGGGGUUUCACCGUCGUUCAUGCGUUGUAUCCCUGGUGUAGGGAUCUACUUCAGCACAUUUUACUCGCUGAAGCAGCACUUCUUCCAGGAUAGAUCUCCGAACGCUGGGGAGGCGGUGUUGCUUGGGGCGGGGGCUCGUUGUGUGGCAGGUGUGGCCAUGCUGCCCAUCACAGUCAUUAAGACUCGUUUUGAAAGUGGGCGGUACAAUUACAUAAGUGUAGCUGGUGCUCUUAGAAGUAUGUGUCAGAACGAAGGUCCCAGGGCUCUUUACUCCGGGCUCACAGCGACUUUACUCAGAGACGCCCCGUUCUCUGGCAUCUAUGUCAUGUUCUACAGCCAGGCCAAAAAGGCUUUGCCACAGGAGAUCAGCUCAUCCUCCUUUGUCCCACUGGUUAAUUUUGGCUGUGGUGUGGUGGCUGGUAUUUUGGCCUCUCUAGCCACUCAGCCAGCAGACGUGAUCAAAACCCACAUGCAAGUGAGCCCAGCGUUGUAUCCCAAGACCAGCGAUGCUGUACGCCAUGUUUAUACUAAACAUGGCUUGAGCGGGUUCUUUCGAGGAGCAGUUCCUCGUUCUCUGAGGAGAACCCUCAUGGCUGCCAUGGCCUGGACUGUGUAUGAGCAGCUGAUGGCACGCAUGGGACUGAAGUCCUAAAGACACCCGACGCACUUUAUGUGUGGACUUCAUUCUGUGUUACAAGAGUGUGUGCUUUUCAGACGAUGGUGAAAAGAUGGCGUUCUAUUAUCCUUGAAGGCUUGAUAAAAAAACAAAAGCAUCUAGUGUUGGCUGAGGUACCAGUAAUAGUAAGUUUUGUGUGUGUGUGAUUGUCUGUGUGUGUUAGCGUUUUCAGGUGCAGUGAGUCUUUACCCCGUGACACCUCUGACAGUGACAUUCCUAAAUUGCCACAUUGUGAGUUUGUCUGCCUGCAUAUUGAGACAGGGGUCCGCACUGAAGAAUACCAAUGAGAGACUGCUGAAUCAUGUGCCGUCAGCUCACAAGAAAACACUCUUUUCACAAGAAGAAAAUCCCCCUCUUGGCAACUAACCUUAGAAUACCACAUGUCUCGGUGUCAUUGCAAAGUGCCCACCUUUGCAGGGUUUUCAGAAAUGCACGACUCCAAAGACUAAGAUAGUUCCUAAGCCUAAAUCCUUUUUAGUCGAGGAGGAGGCUUAGUGGGUGUCCAAGAGACUGGUGUUACAAAGACAUAAUACUCCAGCACUCCGACAAUCAGACCGAAUUACUCUAGGGCUGAGAAACUCAACUGACAAAACAUUACUGUCUCACCAACAUACUCUGUUCCGACUAUAAGUGCUCGUCUCUAUGCGAUGAUUUGUGCUGUUCUACUGAUUUCCUGUGCUGUAUGACUGGAUGGGUUUAUCAGUGCAUUUCAGUUUUGUUUUGUUUUUUCUUUUUUCCUUGAACGCUCACUCCUUGGCACAGACAAAGCCAGGAUUUGGAUUGAAUGAGACUUCGUAAGAUAUAGACCUGGAGAAACAUUUAAUAUUUAUUAAAGAAACGGGAGAACAAGUGUUAUUGUUCCUGAGAAACAAUGUUUGAAGUGGAAAGUAUCAGUGAGAAAUUGCAAUACCUAAUUUAUCGUAUUCGCAAACGUGUUGUCGGAUCAUUUUAAUUGACUUUUUGUCGUAUUGACAUUUUGUGUAAAACCACUGUAAGACGCCAUAGUGUCAUCGGUGGUGCUCGGUGUGAACACAACAGUGUAAUGUUAAUUCAACAUGACCCAUAGGGGCAAUUUUAGGAAGUCUGUUAAAAACAUGUCCGGGUGGUUGUUCACCCUUAAAAUUAGUAUAGAAAAUGAAGUGUAUGCGAACCAUUAGGAUUUUUGGCAUUGUAACAUUAAUUUAAUUCCUGUUAGGCACAUUUUCUCCCCAAAUUGUCAUUACUUUAAUGUGAAUAUAUAUAUAUAUA